ACGGUGAUCGCUAUUGAUUCUUUUAGUCGCUUCUCUCAACGAAGACAAGUAGCAAUGGCUAAGCGAACGAAAAAGGUUGGAGUUGUUGGAAAAUAUGGAACUCGAUACGGUGCUUCGUUGAGGAAAAUGAUCAAGAAAAUUGAAGUGUCGCAGCAUAAGAAGUACACCUGUGCAUUUUGUGGAAAAGACACUUUGAAAAGGAAGAGUGUUGGAAUAUGGUAUUGUAAAGCAUGCAACAAAACAUUAGCAGGUGGUGCUUGGGUUGUAAGUACUACUGCUGCAGCUACAGUGAGAAGUGCUGUUCGUCGUCUUCGUGAAAUCAAAGAAACUUAACUUGUUGGAUAAAGCUUAAACUGAUACCUCGUUUUUUAAUUCUGUUUAGUUUCAUUGGUUUGUUAAUUAGCUUUACUGACAAUUUAUUUUGUGUUGCCUUGCUACAUCCAAUGACAAUAUAAGAAAGAAAAGUCAAAUUGUACUAUCUAGGUGCCUGGAUGAUGUAAUGUUUUAACUAUAUUCAUUGCAUGCCAGAACAAAUUGAAAAAAAAUAUUUGAUUUCUA